AUGGAAUUGGAUAAAUUAGAAGCUGAUAAUCAAUUCUAUGAUUCCAUCGAAUAAAUGUUUUAAUCAUUCACAAGCAAUCCAUCAUACAAUUAAGUUAUUGAUCAUUUAUAAUAAAAUAGGAAUACGGAUAAAUAAUAAGAGGUAAAAGCAUUUGGUAUAUAAAAUUAAAAAGAAUUGGAUAAAUCUAAAACACCUUGUUUAAAUAUAAAAUGCAAUAAACAUGGAAAAGAGAUUAUAAUGUUGAAUUUAGAAUAAAAUUAAGUUGAAUCAUCUAGAUUGAUAUGUGUUGAUUGUAUUCAUAAUAAUGACCCAAUUAAAUAUACUUCAUUAUAAAAUGCCAACCUAAGAUGGAAAUACAAAAAUUAAGAUAAAAUUAGAGCAGAUUAGAAUUCAAGAUUGCUUUAAUAGGAAAGUAUAAUAUCAAAUCUUAAAGAAAUAAGAGAAUAGCAUAAUAAAAUCUUAUGUGAACUGAUUGAAAAAUUGAAUAAUGAAUAAUAAUCAAUUCAAGAAGUAUUAUAAAAUUAAUUAGAUCAAACAGAUAUUUAUGAGUUCAAUUAAGAAUAGAUUGAAGAGAUCACCCUAAUUUUAUGUAAAAAAGAUAAACUAACGGUUUCAUCUGAUUUAUAAGCUAAUAUAGAUUAAGAAGAUUAAAUUAGAUAUAAUUUAAUAACUAAUAAUCUAACUAAUUUAUUUGAAUAUGGAUUACUAAAACGAGAAGAAAUAUUGAAAAUUUUAGGAUAAGAUAAUUCAUUCGCAGAAACUUUAAAUGAUUCUAUCAAAUCAAAUGAAAUUUUAAGAAAUGGAAAAGUAUUUAUUAAAGAGAAAUAUUAGGUAUUCAAAGAGGAUUGCCAAAAUUUAACUUUAUAAAUUAAUAAUCUCGAUUAACAAUUAAAGGAAAAAAAUAUUAAUAUUACCAAAGUUAAUGAAUUAUUAUAAUAAAAGGAAUAGUAAUUGACAUAAUUGUAAAGAGAUUGCAAAGAUGUCCAAUAUUUAUAAUUAUAGAUUUAAAUAUAAUAGUUGUUGCAGUAGUAAGAGCAGAAUUAAAUAUUAAAUUAAUAUCCUUUUAAACUAACAUUUUCACAAUAAUUUAAACAUGAUGCUUGCUAAAUAUCUUAAGAUGGAAAAAUGGUUAUUCUGCAUGGUAUGUGUGGUAUGUAUUGUUGCAUCUGUGAUUAAAUUAUUCCAAAACAUGGAUUAGUUAAAUUCGCAUUUAGAAUUUUAAAUAAUUCUUACUUAAUGAUAGGAAUAUGUUUUAGAGAUAUGAUAUAAAAGAAUGGUUAUUAUGAUAAUUAUGGAAAAGGUGCAUAUUUUAUUGAUAAGGAUGGUAAAUGUUUCAAUCAUGAUUAAUAUGAUAAAAAUGACAAAUGCAUAUCAUUUAAAUUUACUUUUAAUGAUAUCGUUAUUGUAGAAGUUGAUAUUUAGAAUAAGUAUAUUAAAUGGAUUAAGUAAUCAACUAAUGAGUCAUAUGUAAAUAUUAAACUAUAUGUUAAGAAACUCAAUAUAGACACAACUUAAGAUCUUUAUCCAUGUGUUAAUCUACAUUAUUAUUCAAAAGCAGAAAUAUUUAGUCAAUUCAAUGAAUGA